AAACAUGUUUGAAGAAGAACAGAACAUUUCAGUGUUUACCUAAUAAAACACAGCUCCAACUUUGCCACGCUGUAGUCUACCAAGAGUGUGAAGCUGGAACCAUAGUUAUCAGGCAAGGGCAUGUUCCAAGUGAAUGUUACUUAAUACUAUCUGGAAAGCUAAAAGUCAUAUGGGGUGGUGCAAAUUUCAAAGCCCAAACUUUCACCUCUGAAAUAUUAUGUGAAGCUGAAGAAGGAGACUUCAUAGGGGAAAUCUGUCUUCUGACUAAUACAAACCGAUCUGCUUCCAUUAUAUGUAAAUCCGAUGUGGAACUUCUAGUGAUAAACAAAGAGGAUUUUGAUUGUAUUCUUGCAGAUUUACUACAUGAACAAUACCAUGCAACAUGUAACUUUCUAAGGAAACUCACAUUAUUCUCUUCAUGGCCAGCAGAAGAAAUAGACUUUCUUGUCCACUGCUCUCUACAGAGAUUUUACAGGACAGGAACAACUGUUGUCUCAGAAAGUUUAAACUCUUACUUCUUAGUAGUUGUAAAAUCGGGUCGAUGUCUGGUAGUGACACAACUGGAUCAAGAGAGAAUAUAUGCACACUCCAAUGAAAUGCAGAAUUUUUCUUCUCUUUGUGAUAAUUUUAUCACAAUAUCAUCAUUAAAAGAAAAGAAGGAUUUGACUAGAAGACUUUGGGAAAGAUCUCUUUAUUCAGCUGCUCAGAGAACUCCUCUUACCCAGAUGCCCAGAAGACCAAGACCUCAAACAGCUGCAGUAUUAUGUUAUUCGCUCAGGGACAGAAAAGCCUUUGGUGACCUGGAACAGAAAGGUAAUGAGGCACUACUUUCAAAUCUAAUAAAAGGAGUAGGUGAAAAAGUUGCCGAGACGAAGAGAGAUGGCAGGAAACAAAAGGUGGCUCCAUCAGCUCCUCAGUUCCUGAAGAUAAGGGCGCUGGAACAAGGUGGCAUUUUUGGUUUGGCAGAAACAAUGGACAAGUUUUGUAGCCUUCAGUUCAGCUUGAUCAGUGAAGGAGCGGAGUGCAUUUUCAUUCCCAAAAAACUUUUUCUAGACAAAGCACCUGUCAAGUCGAGAAAGAUGGCUCUCGAGCUGGUGAAAAGCUACCCCUCAGAGAGCAUAAUUAUGGAGAACUAUGCUAGGCACCAAGCUUGGAAUACCUACAAGGCCAAGCUUAUUGGACAACAGCUUGAGAGACAAGCUAUGCCAACUUCAGCUCGCUUUUCUUUUUAAAAGAUGUCUAUAGUAGCUGCCUUAUGGCCAGAUACUUCUUCUGUUAGUGAAUGAGAUAAUGAUGAUUCUCAAGCAUGUGGCUAAUGGGGAAAUAUGUAGUGUCCAUGACUAUAUACACAUAGGA